AAAACAGCUAUGUUGGCAGUUUCAUUCAGUCUGUUGGUCCACAGUGGAAUCUGGGUGAGGCAGUAUUAACAGGAUAAAUCAGGUUGCUAGUGUGGUUUAGAGGGUGACAUUUUUCCUUCAGACUUCAAGGCUAGCCAGCCACACUGGCUGUAAGUCAAAUCUCCAGAUCGAUAGAGUGGAUCAUUUAACAGGCGCUGCAGAAGCUGGUUCCUUUGGGAAUUCUUGCCAGGAAGAACUUCCAAUAAUCUCCUCCUGGGUUCCAGUUUCUCAAAACAAUUCUUCUCCCAUGGGGCCGGACGAAGGCUGAAGGGACCAGAGCCUGACACGGUUGAUGAUUCAAUAUGUGAAGAGCCAUCUGAAUUUAUAGAGGGGGAGAGACCUCGCCCACAAGGAUCCUCCCCUGUAGAUGAAUACCCUGAGACUGACGAAUACACUGACAUUGAUAAACAGAGUGGAGGUGGGAGUGGCAAGAAAGGAAAGAGGGGUUUUGGGUCCCUUUUUGAAAAGCGCUCCCCUGCCAAGAUGAGUGAACUGGAGAGCUCAGAGUCGGGAGUGAUUGUGAGAAUGGCAAAAGAGACAUGUGCCGAGGGUCUUGUUGUGAGCGGAGGAGGGAAGGAGGGCAUCUUCAUUAAGGAAGUGAGGCCAGAGUCCCCAGCCUCAAAGCUUCUUAGUGUACAUGAGGGUGAUCAGAUACUCAGUGCCACAGUGUAUUUUGACGAUGUUAAAUAUGAAGAUGCCCUUCAGAUAUUGGAACAUGCACAGCCUUACAAGAUGGAGUUACUUCUGAAACGCAAACCAAUGAAGAUAUCCACCCUUGAGAGUGAACCAGCCCUUGAAUCCCAAGUGGAACAAGGUUCCUCUCUGGAAAUGAGGGGACAUUCAAAGACAAAAAGGCACGGUGACCGAAUCUCUUGGCCCAACUUCCCCUCCUUUAGCAAAAGUCGAAAGUCCCAUUUUAAGAGGUCUCACAGUACCGCAGAUGCAGAUGAUCAGAGGAAGCUGGAGCUGAGCCCAACAACAAGUGACACAGAGUCGCCAAUCAAAUCUCAGGAGGCUGUCAAGGGCAGGACAAAGAAGCAGAAGAUAAAAUUGUCAAGUCUAAAGAUGAAGGGCCGCAAGAGCAGUUCUGUUGAACAGUCGGGCCAGGACACAGACAUACUAACUGUAGAAUGUGAGCAAGUUAUGGAAAUCCAACAGAGUCAAGAUGACAUAUACUCACCGGAUGGUCUAGAGAGCACAUCAGGAGAAACACCUCAAGUAUAUGUGUUUGAAUCAGAAUCAGAAAAAAUGGAAUCCACCAAGAUAAAAAAUGAAUGCUCUCUUCCGGACCUGACAGGCUCGGAAAACAAACAGCACAAGGUAGAACUCAUCAGACUGGACAAAACUUUGAAAACCACAGACAUAACAGUUGCUUUUGCUGAUCAAGAGAGUCCCUUAACCAAGACAUCUCUGGAGGAAAAGAAAAAGAAGAAAGAGAAGAAAGAGAGGUCAGAACUAAAGUUUAGGAUCAAGGGAAAGGAGACAAAAGACAAACACAAGCAAGAAAAACAUGUAAAAUCAUCCCCAAAAAGCAUGAAGAUACCAGGAGCAGAUAUCAUAACAUCUGAUCUGUCUGCACAUGACAAUACCUUGCUGAUUCCAACUAUAGUAUCACAUAUUAAGCUGAUGGAGCGUCAACUCCCAAUUGACAUGUCAGAUGUAGGACUUAUCAGGAAAUCCCCUCAGAUUGGACAAGAACGAGACUUGAAAGAAACAUAUGCUAAAACACAUUUAAAUGCACAGGAAAUGCAUGCUAAGGUCACCAGUAUUACAAUGGAACCUGACUUGCAGAUGGAAAUACGGGCUUUAAAGUUACCUACAGAGACAAGCAUUGAUGACGUUUUAGUACAAAUUGGUACAAGGACUGCUACCAAGUUCAAGCUGCCAAGGGAGGACCUUGCUGACUUUGUUACUGCUGAACCUAUAAAAAUGACAGAUGUGAGGAUUGUAAAAAUGGAUGUGAAAAGCCUUAAAGUUGAGGAUAGGGGGUUGAAGAUACUUCCAAACCGUGAUGAUAUUGAGAUCCCCGGCAUGGAAGAUGCAUCAUCAACUGGCACCAAAACCCCAGUGAUCAAACAGCCUAAAACAGCAUUCACUCUUCCUGUUGAAGAAAUUCAGGCGCAAACUGUUCAGAUGGUUAUAGACGUUGACAGAGUUAAAGAGGCUGUCUCCAAAUUGCCAGGGUUCAAGCUGCCGAAGUGUGACACCUUAGGACUGCCUGCUCAUCAAGAACUCACAAAGACAGAUGUGAAUGCAGAAAGAGUCAAUGUGACAGUAGAAAACACCCUGUCUAAAAUCACAGACAUAAAGGCACAGUAUGUCAAAAAGACUGACAUAAAUGCUUCACCUGAGAAGUUGAGCAGGAGCUCAGUUACCACAAUCAAAUUGCCAAAAAAACAACUUUCUGAUCUAGGUGCUCAUGAACCUAUUACUAUGACAGAAAUAUACCAUAAAGAAAGAAAAGAGGAAGCUGGAAGGACCAAUGAGGUUGAAAUCCAAAUUGAACUCCAUAAACGAGAGAACGUGGAGAUACCUGGAAUGGAAAAUAUACAUCAAAAAGGAUCUCCCAACCAAGUGGAAAGGGAAAAAGAGUUGGCAGUACCAGUACCUGAGUGGCCAACCAUCAAAGCCGAGGAGACAAAUGUAAUUCCUUACACUAAAGGAUUAGAUAAGAAGUCAAAGAAAGCAAAGAUGUCAAUGCCUGCUCCAAAUGUCGCCGUAGAUGUACCUGAUGUGGAAAAGGACAUUAAGGUUCAAGGAACUGAAAUACCAGAACCCAAACUGACAAUGUCAGAAAUUAACAUUGAAAAGCCAAGGGUUGAUAUUAAAGGUCCAAAUAAAGAUGUGGAUGUCAAUCUUAAAAAACUUGAAAUGUUCACUUUAACAGAAGUCAAAGUGCAGGUCCAACCACCUAGCGUUGAACUCAAAGUGCCUUCUGGUGAAGUUGAAAUACCUGAGGGAGCGGCUAAGGAAAUUGAUGUAAAAAUAAAAAAGCCACAGAUGUCAUUUGGAUGGUUUUCAAAACCAGAAGUGAAAGCACCCGAGGUGGAAAUUUCGCUUCCAGGAGGAAAGGUGGAGGUCGAAGAUCCAGAUGUGAAAAUGAAAUCUCCAGAAGUUCAAAUUAAAAUGAAACAUGAUAUUGAGCUUGAGGGACAAGGAAGUCAAUUUAAAUUACCAAAAUUUGGACUCUCAAUGUCGAGGGUUAAAGGUCCUGAAAUUGGCUUAAGUCUGUCAAAGACAGAUGUAGAUGUCGACUUACCAGAGGGAAGAGCAGACCUCCAACUACCUGAUGUGGAAGUCGGAGUGCCCUCUGUUGAAGUUGAAAUACCAGAAGCAGGUUCUAAAGAUAUUGAUGUGAAAAUGAGAAAGCCAAGAAUGUCAUUCCCCAAAUUUGGAUUUUCAAAACCUGAAGUGAAAGCACCAGAGGUUGAUAUCAGUCAUCCAGAGGUGGAUAUUUCUCUUCCUGAGGGAAAGGUGGAGGUCAAAGAGCCAGAGGUGGAAAUGAAAAGUCCAGAGAUUCAAGUUGAUGUGAAAGAUACCGUAGGCUCCCCCUCAAGAUUCAAAAUGCCAACUUUAAAAUUCCCUAAAUUUGGAGCAGCUUCUCCAAAUGUCACAAUAGAGGUACCUGAUUUGGACAAGGACAUCAAGUUUCAUGGAACUGAAAUACCUGAACCCAAGCUGACAAUAUCAGCAUUUAACAUCGAAAAGCCAAGUGUUGACCUUAAAGGUCCAUCUAUAGAUGUCAAUCGUAAACCAAAUGAAAAUGUCACUUUACCAGAGGUCAAAAUGAACGUCCAACCACCAAGCAUUGAACUCAAAGUGCCUUCUGGUGAAGUUGAAAUGCCUGAGGGAGCUGCUACAGAAAUGGAUGUAAAAAUGAAAAAGCCCAGGAUGUCAUUUGGAUGGUUUUCAAAACCAGAUGUGAAAGCACCCGAGGUUGAUGUCAGUCUUACAAAGGUGGAUUUAUCUCUUCCUGAAGGAAAGGUGGUCAAAGAGUCAUAUGUAGAAAUGAAAGCUCCAGAGAGUCAAGUUGAAAUGAAAAAUGAAGGUUUUUCAGUUGAUGGAAAACUACUAACACCAAACAUAGAGGAUAAAAUAAUUGAAACAGGGGUGAAGAAACCGCUGAUAACCUUUCCAAAAAUAGUUUUCUCAAGAUCUGAAAUUACGGCUCCUGAGAUUGUUAUGAUUCCUCCAAAUGUAGACAUUUCACUCCCAGAUGGAAAAGAGUUCAAAGUGCCUGAAGUGAAAAUUGAAGCUCCAGAGAUUGAAGUUGGCGUAAAAGAAGCUGUUGGCUCCCCCUCAAGAUUCAAAAUGCCAACAUUCAAAUUGCCUACAUUUGGUUCAACUUCAAAGGUGGCAGUAGAUGUCUCUGAUAAAGAGAAGGUUAUUGAAGUACCUGGUGUAGAAAUUCUAGAUCAAGUACUAGGAGCUUCCUUUCCAGUUGAUUUGACAGAACCCGGGGAUACAGUUGACAUUAAAGGAUGUAGUGAAGUUAAUCUACAUGUUGCUGGAUCUGCAGGGCCCUCAGUUGAAGAAGGAAUGACAAUAGCUGAUGUGGAUGUUCAUGGUGUUGACAGUUCAGAACUGACAAUUGAUGAUAAAGGCCAUGGCUUACCCAGCAAAGGUCAAGGCUCACCAAGUAAAUUCAAACUUCCGACCUUCAAAAUGCCCAAAUUGAGCAUUUCAAAAUCCAAACGACAGAAUGAACAUGAACAUGAUGAUAUAAGUCCAAAUAUUAUUUUGGAGAAGAAUGAAAUUCAUGUGGAACCACAAGGACCAGAGAUUUCACCAAAGUUGACUUUGACAACAUUUGGGGAGGUAUUAAGAAGCAUUGAUGUUGAAUUUUAUGUCCCUGCAUUAGAGGAAGUGGAAGAAAAGCUCACAGGCUCAAGGGAAGGACCCAGUGCUAAAACCCAGUCUAUCCAAGAAGAGGAAGAAGCGAAAGAAAAAUCCAAAUUUGUUUGGUUUAAGUUUCCUACAUCUUCUCCUUCAGAAUCUGCCAAAAUUUUUGAAAAAGAUACUUCUGAGAAAGAAGCAAGUGAGAACAGCCCUGCAGGUGAGUCUGUGGAACAAGAUUCCAGCUUGACCUUCUCAGUGCGGUCAUCGGAUGCUUUUGCAGAUAUCAGUUCUACAGUCACAAGCGAACAAGUUGCUCCAUCAUUGGCCUCUCCAACCAAAGUCACAGUGAAAUACUCUGACCCUAUUGCCACUGAGAUACAAGGUAAUAUCAUUACCUCCACAGCAAGGACAAAAAUGAUCUCUUUUGAACCCUACUUGGCAGAGAAGGUCACCAUUCCAAUGUCCUCUGGAGCUUCCUCCUCAUCAGUGGACACCCUAAAACUGGAGUCUGGUACACAUGUCAUCACAUCCAAUAUACAAGCAAUACCAGACACACAGAAAGCCACGCUCUUAACAGAUUUUGGAUUGCAGACAGGGACCGCCGGAGCUUCCUCUGCAUCUUGGUCAGUGGACGACACCAACAAAACACAGAGUGAUGGGCAAACAGUCAUUAAGAGGCAUGUAAUUAGGGAAAUGUCAGGCACUGACAAGGAAACGGUUGUCAUAACUCAAAGAGUUACACAUGUGUUUGGGGCUGAGCCCAUCUCAGAUGAAACCGCCUCAUCUAUCAAACAGAUGAAAGAAACUAUGCAUUCUGAAAAAAUGAAAUUCUUCGAUGGGGCUGAAUUGGAGUGACUUGGAGGAAUAUGAUGAAUCCCUCAAUUGAGAAGUAAUAUCAGUCAUAUUAUUAUUGUGCUCUUAAUAAUUAAUUGUGCUUUAAUUUAUGACAGAGUUUUAAUAUAUACAGUUAAAUGUUUUGAUUGUUUACUUAGUACACACUAAAUAUAAAUAUAUUGUCACUUUAUUGUAAUUACUACUAUUGAGACCAUUUUACUGAAUUUGCAGGUUGUCCUGCUGUACGUAUAAUGGAGAGAAACUUGUUAAUCCACUGCCAUAUACAUUGAUAAAUUACCUCUGAUUUCUGCUCUUUAUUCCACUUCUGGGCAGCAAUAUAUAAAUAUAAGGAAUCAAUGAUUAUGACUCUGAAAAUAUGUUUACAAUUAUUUCACUGUAAAACCAUACAAAAUACUUAAUUAAUACGUAGUGAUAUAAAUACAAACCAUGCAACAUUAAUAGAACAAAAACACACAACACAUAAGGAAGAAUUGCAAUCUGAACACUUAUUACCAUGAAAUAAAUAUAUGUUGCUAAAAUGUAAUGCUUGUAAUCAUAGUAAAAAACAAAGAAAAAUAUAUUGAUGCAACUAUAUUUUGAUUAGAAUUAUGCAUAGAUUUAAUUUUCCAUAAUGUAUACUGUACCUAACAAAAACAUUUCUGGAUUUGUGUAUAGUUGGAAAAUUGAAAAUGCCUAUGUAUAUACUUGAUUUUGAUCACUUCUUUUGCAGAGUUACUUUGAUUGUUGCUCUUAUUCUCCACUGAUGUAAUACAUGUAUUAGCAAAACUAUACAUAAUAAAU